CCUGCGCCAUCGCAUCGGAUGGAAGACACUGACGAACCUUCCGCUACGAGAGCGGGCGUAUCGCGAACUACACAGGCGUGCCAGCGCUGCCGGAACCUGAAGACGCGAUGUUUGCCGAGCGCUCAAUCUGGACUAUGCCAAAGAUGUUUCUCUGCUGGCAAGGAAUGUGCUUGGGCCGAAGCGCCACGCAGAGCGAGAAAGCUGCGUGCGCCUUCCCGAAUUGCGCAGGUCGAGCAAAAGAUUGAUGGCCUUGUAGCCCAGCUCGUCCACGCGGCUGACAGUGAAGUCGCAACAAGCUCAGCAAGUGCAUCGCAGCCAACCCGUAGCGAGACCACAGCAGAAUGUUGGCGGAGUCAGGGCGUAACCAACGUGGCCCCGGGUACUUGGAUGCCUACACCAUCUUACGAGCCGAACGCUGUGCAAUCCGACAGAAGUACCGAAGAUGCAUCACAGAGUGUUGAAGUCGAUCGACAGUAUCUUGAAAACAUCCGCAGCAUACACAGAUUUGACGAUCGUGAAGAUGUUUCAAACCCUCCCGAGGGCAUCUUCAAGGCAUCAAAGCGCCCCGAAGCUCCCAUCGAGCAUGAUGUCGUCGAGCAACUACUCACAUCUGGCGAAGCAGAUACUUUACUAAUUGAAUAUCGGAAGAUGUCGGCGACAUUCCCUUUCGUCAUGAUACCGCCACAGAUCACUGCCAAACAGCUGCAUGAGCACAGGCCAAUGCUCUCACUUGCGGUGCUUCUGGUGGCAUCGUGGAGACAUCACAAACGCCAGAUGACACUUGAUGGUAUCUUCCGCACGGAACUCGCCAAUAGAACAUUAAUAAAGCCCCAUAAAACUUUGGGUCUAGUUCAAAGCGUAUUGGUCUAUCUUUCAUGGUACCACUUUGUUUUCAGCCACAAGACACAGCAGAUCUUCUUUUUGCAUAAUGUUGUGGUAGGCUUGGCUCUAGACAUUGGCCUACACCAAGAUUUCCAGAGUUUGGGCUUUGGCUUUCCAAUGAUGCCAAAACGGCCUAAAGCUCCGCCACCGCCAGCUAUAGAACUGCGCGAGAGGCGCCGGGCGUUUCUGGGUUGCUAUUACCUUUCCUCAAUGGUUGCGGCAGGUUUGCAGAAGCCGAAUAUGCUCAAACAUUCUCUAAUCAUGACCGAGUGGGCGGAAAGCCUGAAGCAAGAUCGCGAGUACGAAACAGACGAGACAAUAAGCCUUCUAAUAUCUCUACGUCAGAUUGAUGACCAAGUACAAGACGAAUUAUUCACAGCUGAUACUUCGCAGCUGCCGAUGUCUGAUGGGCGCGCGUUGAUGCACGUUCGGUUCAUAGAUGUACAACUCGACACAUGGAAAAGGGGAUGCAACGAUGUAGCUUCUCAAAGACUACUCGAGCUCUCUUUUGCAUACGCCAAAAUGCAACUACACAGCGUAGCUCUGCGUCCGUCGCCUUCGGGGUUACCCGCAUCGGCACGUUCGUCACAGAUCAACAGUCUGCUCUCCGCUCUUGAGGCUAGCAAGAUCUUUCUGGAUACCUUGCUCUCUUAUCCAGCGCCCGAAUACCACCUCAUCUCGUUUUCGGAAUGGAUGCGUCUGCCACCGGUCAUAAUGACAGUCGCAAAACUAUGCAUCCCCAAUGAAGACCACGCUGCGAUUGGGUGGGAUACUCAAGCCGCCCAAGACAGAGUGCGCCUAGAUCUCUGUCUCGAGUCGCUUUGCUAUCGGAUGCAGACUCUAUCAACAUACGCGAAGCCACAGCGACCCCAUCCGGACUUCUGGUACGCUAUGGGGAUGAUUACUGAACUGACGAAAGACUGGUACAUUCGCAAGAUUCGACCGGAGGGCCAUAGCCAGACACCAUCAGUACCCACACCCAGCGACUCGAUUGAGCGGGGUCUAAGCGAGACCUCGUAUCCCAUCACCAGUGCACAAACAAUGUGUCCGGCAAGACACGCGGAAGAUGGGCACAGCACGCUAGCGGGCACCAACUAUAUGGAAGACUUCAACAUAGAAAUGAACCCCGGGAUUGGGGUUAGCAGUGACCCCUUCGCGUUCAUGAAAAGUGCCGACUUCGAUAUGAGCCAAUUCUUCGACAUGGCAGGAGGUAUUUGGGGGGAUGAAGGCUACAAUAACUAUACUGACAUGGCCUUUGGCAACGGAACACCGUUCUAGUGCUCAUGCCUGACCGUCAAAUAUUUGCCACGAGCAGUCAUGCGUAAAGUUUCUACAACAUCUUGACACACUGAAAGACGUCGCAUUGCACGGUUGCGCUGUUGGCAUUACAGAUCACUUGUCUGCGGGCUCGUGGGCAUGCCUCGAGGCCUUUCACCCUAGCUUUGACCAGACUGCCGAUCUUACACUCUUGUACAAAACAGCUUCUCUCGGAUUGUACGAUAGCCAUGGACUGUGAUGGCAUACAAUCUGUACGCGUUUGCAGCACAUUGUCGCGGUGAACAAUAAAAUAUUCCCGGUUGUUUUCGGCGUUCCGCUUACCGCUCAU